AAAAAAAAAUUAUGACUUCUAGCUUCUCAUCCAUGGCACCACCCAAUUCUGUGAAAAUUCUGGAGCUCUGCCAAGUUGCCCCAGCCUGCAGCUCAAAUAAUCAGUCAAACACUGAGUUCACUCUCCCCCUCACUUUCAUGGAUACCCUUUGGCUCAAAUUUCCUCCAGCCGAGAGCAUUUUCUUUUAUGAACUCACCGAGUCCAGUCCUACUGUUUUCAAAUCAAUUAUCCUUCCAAAACUCAAAAAAUCACUCUCUCACGCGCUAGUCAAUUUUCUUCCACUAGCUGGCAAUCUCAUAUGGCCUCAAGAUUCUCCUAUACCCAUAAUCUUAUACACUCCUAAUGAUGCAGUUUCACUAACCAUUGCCGAGUCCAGUGCAGAAUUCGGUCGUCCCUCGAGCAAUGAGAUUCGUGAAGCUAUCGAGUCACAUCCUUACAUACCCGAGUUGUGUAUAUCUGACACCAAGGCUUCAGUUCUUGCUUUGCAAAUAACAUUGUUUCCUAAUAAAGGGUUUAGCAUAAGCUUCGUUACCCACCAUGCAGUUCUUGAUGGGAAAACUACGGCCAUGUUCAUUAAGGCAUGGGUUUAUAUAUGCAAACACCAAGAACUUGAAAAAAAUGAUCAACCACCCUUGUUUCUGUUAAAGAAUGCAUUGAGCGUGCUGGAACAUCCUACAGGGAAUGAAGUGGAUGAUGAUAACGAUUUUGAUACGAGCAGUGGCUCUGACAUUGUUCCUGAUGAGUUAAUCCCUUCUUUUGAUAGGUCAGUCAUCAAAGAUGUAGCUGGGAUUGAGAUGGCACACUUGAAUUACUGGUCAGUAAUGAACGAGUUGGUUCUGAAGUCCGAUCGUAGAAGUUUGAAGGUGUUGCCAAACAUGGGAGAGUCAGGGCCAUCCGGCUUAGUUCGAGCCACCUUUGGGCUGUCUCGUGAAGACAUAAAGUUCCUAAGGAAAAAAGUGCAGUCCCAGUUCGAUAGCAUCCUCAAAGAAGAGCAAAACCAUUCGAAAGAAAUGCAUUUGUCGACCUUUGUGCUCACAUGUGCUUACACUUUAGCUUCCAUGAUGAAAGCAAUAGGGGAUGGUAGUAAAAAAGUUUUCUUCUUGUUCUCUGUGGAUUUGAGGAGCCGAUCACUAGACCCUCCAAUUCCAAACAAUUAUUUUGGUAACUGUAUUGCUGGCCAACACGUUGCCGCUGAAGCAAGAAUUUUUAUGGAAGAAAAUGGGGUUGCCAUGAUAGCAGAGAGGUUUAGUGAAAUUAUAAAAGGAAUGGAGAUCAGGGGAUUUUUUGAAGGAGCUAAGGAGAGGCUAGUUGAUCUGGCUUCUCUAGAACCAGGAACACAUUGCCUUGGGGUUGCUGGAUCGACCCGUUUUGAUUUUUACAGGUCAGAUUUCGGUUGGGGAGAGCCCAAGAAGGUGGAGAUUGCAUCCAUAGACAGGACAAACUCUAUUUCUCUGUUAGAGAGCAGAGAUGGAAUAACAGGAGGUGUUGAGAUUGGUCUGGUUUUAAAGAGGCAUGAAAUGGAGACUUUUGCUUCUCUAUUUGUUAAUGGCCUAAAAGAUUAUUAAAGCUGCAUUUGUUUCUCUGAUGCUCAAGAGAUCAACUCCGAUAUCGUUUAUCUGCAUAAUCAUUUUCAAUUGUUCAAAUAAAUGUACUGUUCAUCGGCCUCCCACUGCUUUGUUAUGGGUCUACAUAUUCUUCGAGGCCUUUAAACUCUUUUUAUAUACUACGGUACGAGCAUAAGGGUGUUUAUUUGUGCUCUCACGGUUUCGGAGCAGAGGUUAGCUCUCUUUGUUAUUGGAUAUAACGUGUGGUUUUCUUGUCUUCCCAUUGCCAUUCAUUCAUGGAGUCCAAUCCAUGAUGGUUAAUGUUCUUUGUCUCUGCAAUUCGCCUCCUUGAUACGAUGAAGUGAUUCAUCGUGCACACAGUCUCCUUGCUUGCCUUUUUGCUUCAUGCUUGAUAAUCGGGGUCUUGAGCCCUUUUUGUAUGUAUCCAUAUACAUAAAUACAUAUAAAUAUACGGUGUGAGAUCCAUUUUCUUGA